GAAAGCCUCGUCAAUUCAAAGUGGUAUCAAUUCCUCUCCCAUCAGUGUUACUAUAAUUAAUUUAAUCAAUUCUCUCCAGCCUCAGCCUGUUCUCGUGUCUGCAUUUGAGAUCAGAGGUCAUCAUACAAAACAGAUAAAUCUAUCUUUAAUUUCUAUCACUUUCAAACAUCGAGUAAAUGCCUCCAGUGUCUUUCCGGAUUCCAAGAAAAUGAGACGUGAUUUCAAAAAUUUGCAUUGGUUUCAAUUAUGUGUGUUUCUUACGAGUGUACAACAGAUUUUCGGACAAUAUCCAAAUUUCGGUAUUCAAAUUAAUCUACCGGGGCUAGGUGCAGUUCGCGGAUCAUCUGACGUAACAGCUUGGUCAGGUGCCAAGUUUUACCAGUUCCUGGGUAUACCCUAUGGAGAAACUACAGCUGGACGAAAUCGGUACAAACCACCUAUCCCCAAACGACCAUGGAGCGGAGUUUUGGAUGCAACAUUUGCAAAGCCCGGUUGCCCAACAGCAGCUUUCACACAUCGUGAGGACGGAGGCGAUAUCGAAGAUUGUCUACAUUUGUCUGUCUAUUCCAAGAAUCAAGCAGGGAGUUUCCCGGUCAUGGUGGUGUUAAAUGGAGAGAUGUACUUCGAAACUGCACGAUCCCGCCAACCCCCCAACUAUCUUAUGGAAAAAGAUAUUGUGCUGGUUGUGCCGCAAUUCCGAACUGGCAUUUUAGGCUUCCUCUCUACAAGGACCGUUGACAUCCCUGGAAACGCUGGGGUAUUCGACGCAGCUGAGGCUCUUCUUUGGGUUUCCAGGUAUAUUCGAUUUUUUGGCGGUGAUCCUGAACGAAUUACACUCGUUGGUCAAUCGGCAGGAGCUGUAAUUGCGCACGUUCUGAGUAUAAGCCCGAAAAUUCCAUCAGGACUCUUUCACCAAUUAAUACUCCAAUCUGGUACAGCUUUAUCACCCAUCGUUAUCCGCAAGGAGCCCUUAAAAUAUUCGGAAAAUUUGGCGCAGUUCUUAUUAUGCCCCGGUGGAAAUGAUCUGCUGGAAAUUAAUCGUUGUUUAAUAGAAACUCCAGUGAAGGAUCUCACGGAAAUGUCGUCAAUAAUGAUGGUGCUGUAUGACAGCGAAACGCCUGACAAUAUCGGGGUAAAGUUAACGAUUGGGGAUACCCAUGAUCUACUGCCGGAAAAACCUUCGGAGCUGAUAAAAACUAGCAAAAAAUAUCCCCUGAUGGCUGGUACGACAGCACAUGAUGGAAUGUUUGUUUUUGAUGAUGAAUACAUGGUGAUGGUGUACAGUGAGCGCAAGAAGAACGAGAGUUAUAUCGCAUAUAACCUCCUAGACGAUCUGCUAGAACGCUUUGGAAUUGAAGAUACCACCGGCGCGUUAAAAGGUAUUCUUCGGCAAAAAUUAGUAUCCCAAUAUCAGAUGUCAGAAGCGGAUUUCUAUAGCAUGAUUCCUGACCUCGUUGAUAUGGCAGGCAUUAUCACAAUGAAGAUUCCCAUUCUUCGUACUGCCCAAAUCAAUGCGAAAGAUCAACCCAAAAACACGUUCCUUUACAGCUUCAACUACGAAGGGGAGUACACUCGCUUUGGAUAUGGAGAUAACAAAGACAACGUCCCAUACGAUGGUGGAGUUUGUCAUAAUGACGAAAACAUCUAUCUUUUCCCAUAUCCUGACUAUGCUGCCCAUUUGAAUGAUGCGGACACAACGAUGGCUCGGACUAUGAUAGACUUGUGGACAUCGUUUGUUGAAACGGGGAAACCAUCUGCAUACGGGUUCCCGUCGUGGCCGCCGAUGUCCAAGAGGAAUGGACCUUAUGUGAGGAUUAAUCGAAAAUCUUGGAUUGAUCCAGAUUAUACAACUGAUUUUUAUAAAGCAGUUAGCGAUGCUCGUGCGGGAGAGGGUAUUUUAAGACCUGAAAAUAAGGAUAAAAUGUUUCAUAUUCAAUUUGUUGUGAGAAAAUAAAUAGUUGUAGAUCAAGCCGAA